AUCCGCUGGGCAGGAUCCGCCGCGCCGGCUACGGCCGGCAGGGCUGGGAGACCCGCGCAGGGGAGAAGGUGAGGGGACCGGGCGGGCAGCUGCGCAGAGGCCGGGAAAUGAACGCCUGGAAAUCUGGCUGGGAGCGGACCCAUGAUCGAAGGACCAAAAGAGCCUCGUGAUCGCUGGACCUGGCCCUGCGACCCUAGCCAUGGGCCAGACCUCGGUCUCUACGCUGUCCCCGCAGCCCGGCAGCGUUGACGGCCUGGACAAAGCUUCUAUAGCAAACUCAGAUGGCCCCACCGCAGGUUCCCAAACACCUCCCUUCAAGAGAAAGGGGAAACUCUCCACCAUCGGUAAAAUCUUUAAGCCUUGGAAGUGGAGGAAAAAGAAGACAAGUGACAAAUUUAGAGAAACGUCAGCAGUAUUAGAAAGGAAGAUAUCCACCAGACAAAGUAGAGAGGAGCUGAUAAGAAGGGGAGUUCUUAAGGAGUUGCCUGAUCAAGAUGGAGAUGUAACAGUUAACUUUGAAAAUUCAAACGGGCACAUGAUACCCAUCGGAGAGGAAUCUACCCGAGAGGAAAAUGUAGUAAAGUCUGAAGAAGGUAAUGGCUCUGUAUCUGAAAAAACACCACCUCUGGAGGAAAAGGCAGAAGAUAAGAAAGCUGGUUCCUCUCAUUCAAAAAAACCAUCCGGGUCCAAAGCAUCAGCCUCACCAUCUACGUCAUCCACCUCAUCUCGUCCCAAAGCUUCAAAGGAGACGGUUCCUAGCAAAACCGGGACAGUGGGGACCGCAAAGGGCAAGAAAAAAACUGGCAAGCAGCCGGCAACUUACCGCCUGUCCUCAGAUGCAGCCACAUCCGACCUCCCAGGAGAGCCUUCGGACACCGGCGUGGAGAGUCUCAAUCCCGAGCAGACUGUCGCUGGGGCUGAGGAGCAGGCUGCGCGCAGAUCCAAGUCUGCAGUCCCUCCGCCCCCUGUGGCCCCGGCACCUUCGCCCCCCGCCCCUCCGCUUGCUCUCAAGGAUCAGUGUGUUAUUGCCUCAGACCCUCCAGUCGUCCUGGUCAGCGUGGGAGCUGACCUGCCCAUCUCUGCCUUAGACCCGAGUCAACUUCUUUGGGCUGAAGAGCCGACGAACAGAACCACUUUCCAAUCAGGCCCUGGCUUAAGUGAUAGCAGAGAAAAUGCAGAAUGUUUCACAACCAAAGACGAGUUGACACCUCAGCUACUGACCCCCGGGCUGAUGGGAGAGUCUUCAGAAUCCUUCAGUGCCCUGGAGGAGGAAGGCCAGAAGGAGUACCAGGCCAGUGACUCUGACUCCGACGGGCCGAUCUUGUACACUGAUGAGGAUGAGGACGAGGACGAGGAUGAGGAUGGCAGUGGAGAGAGUGCUCUAGCAAGUAAAAUCCGACGAAGGGACACUCUUGCUAUCAAACUGGGCAACCGACCGUCUAAGAAAGAGUUAGAGGACAAAAACAUCUUGCAGCGGACCUCGGAAGAAGAGAGACAGGAAAUCCGGCAACAAAUUGGAACCAAGUUAGUCAGGAGGCUUAGCCAGAGGCCCACAACUGAAGAAUUAGAGCAAAGAAAUAUCCUAAAACAAAAGAAUGAAGAAGAGGAACAAGAAGCAAAAAUGGAACUUAAACGCAGACUCAGCAGAAAGCUCAGCCUGAGACCGACAGUGGCAGAGCUACAAGCUCGAAGGAUUCUGCGGUUUAAUGAGUAUGUAGAAGUCACUGAUUCUCCUGACUAUGACCGCCGGGCGGACAAGCCCUGGGCCAGGUUAACACCUGCAGACAAGGCAGCAAUAAGGAAAGAACUAAAUGAAUUUAAAAGCACAGAAAUGGAAGUUCAUGAAGAGAGUCGACAGUUUACAAGGUUUCAUCGUCCGUAAUGAAACAUGAGACUAUUUCGAGACAUAAACUGAUCAUCUUUGGGGGAAGCCCUGCUUCCUGAACACCUGAUAUUGCACUGGGAUUGGAACGUGUGUGUUUCCCUUUAACUUCUGGUGAAGGAAGUGUGUGACUCGGCUGUGUUGCAAAGUGCUCCUCACCUGUGCGGCCCAGAUGGGGCCAACAAGCAAAGGGAGGAUGCGGUGACCCUCGCGGCCUGGAUUGUGCAUGGUAGGGGACACCAUGGUUACAUCAGUUAUUCUUCAUCAAGAGUUUUAAUCAAAGAAGAUGAGCAGAAGACAAUCGCCGGCUAUACCAGAGAGCCAAAUUUUAUAAUGCAGGUUCAAGAAAAAUAAGAGAUUGGAAUUGGUGGGCGUGGGAAAGGGGUAGGAAUUACAGACCAGAAAGGAAAAGAAAUAUUUCAUUAUGUUAAUGAAGAAAAGAGAAAAUUGACACGUAAAUGUAUUUUUGAAGUAGGCGUUUGGUAGCUGAGAGCUUAUUAAGGGACUUGGGAAUCUAAUUAUUCAGCAUGGAUUCUUUAAAGACUUGAUCCUAGAAGAAUAUUCUUGUUUCACCAUUUUGUUGGUACAGUGCAGUACCAUUAUUUUAUGUUGUGCCAGUGAAUCCAAUUGCCAGAAACGUCUGAAUGUUUUCAUGCAUCUUUUUCUUAAAUGCAAGAGGCUUCUAUUGACUCUUAACAAGCAUGCCUCCCCAAAUUGUGUUGCAUGCUUUAAAUAGCAUAGCAAUACACACUUGACCUUUUUUUAUACUCCUUUCCUAGUGUACCAACCUUCCACCAGGAGAGCAAGACCGGGAAUAAAGGCAGAUGUAAUAUGACCCUAUAAACUGCAGCAAGCUUCAGAAGUCAAUCUUUUGCUCUUUCCCUGUCUUAAUUAUCUUCAAUGUCAAUGCACCCACACUUGUUCUAACGGAGAUAAUAUUGACAGUCAUUACACCCUUUUAAAAACCCGGAACCCAGCGUUAAAAUGUAAGCAAGAUGUACAAAUGUGCUGCCUGUGGUUAGUUCUGAGUGGGAAUGCAAAGGACCAGUUAUUUUUCAGUGCUGCAUUUAAAAAAAAAAAAAAAAAAGUUGGGUUGCUGCUAUUUAAAAAAUUAAAGCACAGAGAUCAAAAUAAUACUCACUCAAAGGCUCCAUAGAACACAAAGUUUCUGCUAUGUGGGGUGUGAGGAAAACCCUGUCUUGUAAUUUAAGAAUCUGCAGGCAGCAUCCAUACAUGUAGUACAGUAUUCACUUUCAGUGUAAAGCAAUCAGUGAGACUGAAGUCAUGGAAGGUGUCCCUGUGAGCCUACAGUCAGUAUUGUUUACAUGAAGAGCCCUCUGUAGUUGCUUUGCUGUUUUCCAUGGAGUCAUGAGCACAGCAUGACUUCUGCUCCCAAAUGCAUAGGACCAUGUAUAAAUACUACCUGGCAUUCAGUUGUCCUUUCAGUUGUUUGGUCCCCAAACACAUGAAAUUUAUAGCAAGGCAACACCUAAGUAGACCUUAUUUUAUUCUCAGAGCCUGGACUAGAAUUUUCUAAUAUUUCUCUGGUUCAUAACAUGGAAGACCAUAAUUUUCUAUUUCAACUCACACGUAAGCAUUUAAUCUGGUGGAUACAUUUAGAUCUGCCACUCAUUGGUGUUUUGAAGAACCAUUUGAAAUUGAAUGAUUUUGUUUACAAAGUUGUUAUCUGGCUUAGAAGCCCAUUGGUUAAAAAAGAACAAACCUUUUUUAGCCCCAGUUGGCCAAUUAUCAAAACCCAGAAUCAUUUUAUAACUAAGAAAAGUAAUCAGGAUUCUCAUGGCUGUCGUUGCCCUCAGCUAUGUGCAUUAAUGAAAUAAACCUGGAGUCUGCACUAUAGUCAUUUCACUGACAGGGUGAGACAUGCUUUUGCUUUGAAAAACAUUUUUCUGUAUGGCCAAGUAUCUGUUUCUGCCUGAAGUCUUGUCUAUCUUA